GAGAUAAAGGCAACUUGGCGGGAGCGAAGAGGAAACAGCGUGUAGGGAGGGAGAGAGUGGGAUAAAUGGAAAGGAAUGAUAAAAGGGGGAGGAGAGCGCAUCAUUCCGGGUGGCUGCCCCUGCUGCUCUAGUGGAGGGAAGAGGGAAAAAGGGAGGGAGGGAGAGAGAGUAGGAGAGAGAGAGAUGGCACAGGGCUUCGGCUUCCAAAACACACAGGGGAAGUGCGCCACCGAGACCAGACCACCGGAGCCACACGGAGCAUCAUCGCGCUCACCGGUCCUUCGUCGGAGCUCCUGCCCGCGCAGCAGUGCAUCAACCGUGCCUAGAGAUAUUGAUCACUACUGCCUGCCCGUGUGAAGACUGGAACUUCAUAUUCCCACUUGAUUAGUGAUGGUUGUGCCUCGACCACCAACAUCUCCACCUGCCAUGGUCACAUGAUGCAUCCUUGAGCGGCCUUGCUCUCCGAUUCACAGACUCAUCUAAGCGCUCUUUUUCCAAAACGCACAUCUGUGGGCCCGUCAUGACGGUGGCUGUGCGAUUCCGCCGCCACUUACGACGGCUCCUUCUCCUGCUGGCCUCUUGUUGUCUCCUCUCUUUGCUCCUCUCUGCCUACUUCUUGUUCACCAACUCCUCACCUUCCAUGCAAAUAGGACAAUCGUCAGAGCCUGCAUGCUCCCAGCCUCUCUCCAUGUCCCCAUACCGCCAACUACCAUACCCGUACCCUCCUAAUCCGCCUCACACACAUGUUUUGACUGAGCCUGCGGUGCUGGUUCUAGUAGAGUCCCAGUACUCUCAGCUGGGUCAGGACAUCGUGGCUAUAUUGGAGUCUGCGCACUUCAAGUUCCGCAUGGAAAUAGCCUCAGGGAAGGGUGACCUCCCGCCUUUGACAGACAAGGGCCGCGGACGAUAUUCGCUAAUCAUUUAUGAGAAUCUUCUCAAGUAUGCACAUGCAGACACAUGGAACAGACAGCUGCUGCACCAGUACUGCACCGAGUUCAGAGUGGGCAUCAUCGGCUUCUAUCGCUCCACAGAGACUUCCCCGCCUCUGCUUAAACUCAGAAACUUUCCGCUAGUGCUCAGGACCAAUCAGGCCCUUUGGGACUGCUGCGUGGUGUCCAGCUCUCCCAUCCUUCACCUAACCAAGCCCGGCACAGACCGAGGGGCCUUACCUGGUGAGGACUGGACAUCCUUUUCCUCCAAUCACUCCUCCUACCAGGCUGUGCUGCAUGCCCGGGCCAAAGACGGGGCAGGGGCGGGCAGUGGUGACAAUCCAGGGCCAGGCUUCAGCCUGGGUCUGCAGGCAACUGUCGUGCAGGACUUGGGGCUCUAUGAUGGAGUGAGGAGAGUCUUUUUUGGCCAGGGACUAAACUACUGGCUCCACAGACUCAUCUUAGUGGACGCCAUCUCCUACCUCACUGACAGGAAGAUGACUUUAGGGCUGGAACGGCACAUCUUGGUGGAUAUAGAUGACAUAUUUGUGGGGAAGGAAGGCACCCGUAUGAACGUCAAGGAUGUGAAGGCGCUUCUGGAUACCCAAAGACAGUUGCGUGCGCAGAUAUCCAACUUUACCUUCAACCUGGGAUUUUCUGGCAAAUUCUAUCACACAGGCACUGUGGAGGAGGAUGAAGGAGAUGAUUUGCUGCUGAAGUACGUGGAUGAGUUCUGGUGGUUCCCCCACAUGUGGAGCCACAUGCAGCCUCACCUCUUCCACAACGAAUCCUCGCUGCUGGAGCAGAUGGUGCUCAACAAGGAGUUUGCCUUGCAACAUGACAUUCCAGUGAACAUGGGCUACGCCGUGGCCCCCCACCACUCGGGGGUCUACCCGGUCCAUCUGCAGCUUUACGAGGCUUGGAGGCGCGUGUGGAACAUCCAGGUGACCAGCACGGAGGAAUACCCCCACCUCAAGCCUGCCCGCUAUCGCAAGGGUUUCAUCCACAGUAACAUCAUGGUGCUACCUCGUCAGACGUGUGGCUUGUUCACUCAUACCAUCUACUAUAAGGAAUAUCCUGGCGGGCCUAAAGAACUGGAUAAAAGCAUACGAGGAGGAGAGUUGUUCCUCACUGUACUUCUCAACCCUAUCAGUAUAUUCAUGACCCACUUGUCCAACUAUGGCAACGACCGUCUAGGACUCUACACGUUUGUCCACUUGGCCACUUUUCUUCGCUCCUGGACAACCCUAAGGCUCCACACACUUCCCCCUCGUCAGCUCGCACACAAAUACUUCCAGUUGUUUCCUGAACAGAGAGACCCACAAUGGCAGAACCCUUGCGAUGACAAGCGGCACAAAGAUAUCUGGUCUAAGGAGAAGACCUGUGACAGGUUACCCAAGUUCUUAGUGGUGGGACCACAGAAAACAGGGACGACAGCACUUUAUCUCUUCCUCCUUAUGCAUCCCUCCAUCUCCAGCAACUUCCCUAGUCCAAAGACUUAUGAGGAAGUCCAGUUCUUCAACACCAAUAACUAUCACAAAGGGAUUGACUGGUACAUGGAGUUUUUCCCGAUACCCUCCAACAUUAGUACAGACUUCCUGUUUGAGAAGAGUGCCAACUACUUCCCCUCGGAGGAGUCCCCCCGGCGCGUCGCAGCCCUUCUGCCCAAGGCCAAGAUUAUCACUCUGCUCAUCAAUCCCUCGGAUAGAGCGUAUAGCUGGUACCAGCAUCAGCGAGCUCACGAAGACCACGCCGCACUUCACUUUACCUUCUAUGAUGUCAUCAGUGCUAGAGCCGGAGCCCCAAGUGAACUUCGCUCCCUACAGAACCGCUGUUUAAACCCAGGCUUAUACGCCACACACCUUGAGAGGUGGCUCACUUACUACCCUGCUAACCAGGUGAUGAUCAUAGACGGCCAUCAGCUGAGAGCAGACCCUGCUGCUGUGAUGGAUGAAGUACAGAAGUUCCUGGGAGUCACUCCUCAUUACAACUACUCACAGGCACUCACGUUUGACCCUCAAAAGGGCUUUUGGUGCCAGCUCCUUGAGGGAGGAAAGACAAAGUGCUUGGGGAGGAGCAAAGGGCGAAAAUACCCUGCUAUGGAACCAGAGGCUCGGGCAUUUCUGUCCAGGUACUACAGGGAACACAACGUUGAGCUGUCAAAACUGUUGCAUCGACUCGGACAGCCUCUUCCUUCUUGGUUGAGAGAGGAGUUGCAGAAGGUUAGAUAACCUUUGCAUCCAGCCGAGGUUAAAGGCCAAAGGUGAAACAGCACCGAGCAAACCUGGAGCACUCGACCCUCAGACGCACUCUGCAGCGAACCUUGAGGGCAAGGCGAGGAAAGCGAGGCCUUGUUUCACACCUCUGAAGGACAAAGAAGUGAUGGGAGGGCAAAGAAAGUGGAACAAUUAAAGGGCUGCAUGAAGGGAUGAAUAGUCGGAGCAGCUUGGAAGUCACUGAGGACAAAGAGGAGUUCAUCAAGUUGAACUCUCACGCAGACCUGCAGGACUUGAGGGUUUUGUGUGAUUUUUCACCUUUAAUUUAUCACACCAGAACAGCGCUGGUCAGCUGUGUGAAUCCCAUCAUCUGCACUACUUCCUUGAAGCUAAAAAGAAAAAAGAAAUUCCUUUUUGUUUUUUUUAUUCUUGCCACAAUGAGAAUGUGAAGCCGAAUCAUCUCAGGGUGUGUGACAGCCUGUUGUUUGAUUUUCUAUAUGUUUUUUUUGUUUCAAGUGAAGGUAUCUGCUGGUAGAUCUGGCAGCCCCGUUCACCUCAGAGAUGUCACCCCUGGCUGUCUCCAGAAAAAAAGCAGCUGGGAAAGCACCACUGAGGGAAGGAGCCUUUGUGUUAUUUUGCAGCAUGAAGGAGAAGAAUGCCACAUCCAAUAUACAAGGUUGAUGGUUUCAAGGCUGAAAACAGCAGCAAAGAAAACCAACCAAAACAAGUGAAUAUUACGCACAGGAUGCGAUGCUGGGCAACCCCCUCCCUUCCCCCCAUUUUGUCACUGUAUUGCCUUCCUUUUGCUGUUUUCCUUAAUGGCACCACUUUUUAAGUUGUUCAGCUCCAGUUUAAUGACAACAAUUGCGACAUGUCAAAAAGGGAAAGCAAAAUUAAAAGAAAUGCAUACACUGGAACUCGCGUGUGCUUCCUUGCUAUCAAGUUUGCCGCAUGAAGUGACCAUAAAAUGAGGGGGAGUUUGAACUGAAGUAAAAGUUCUGUUUUUAUCACUCUGCAGUUAAUGUUUUUUCUUCCGCCAUAAAACACAAAACUUUUUUUGUGUGAAGCCUUGGAUAAAAUAAAAGAAUCUGAGAAGGAUUUAAAGAGAAAGGAGGGAAAGAAAUGAGAAAGGCAUC